GCCACUAUUUCUACUGCAACAUCCUUAGCUUCUUCUUCUAUCUCUUGCCCUUUGCUAUUGCGUGAUUCUGCAAACUGCUUCUUCCUCGUCCUUCUUCCUUCGCUCCCUCACAGAGUUACUUUCUCCAAACUGCAACAACCAACAUAAAUGGAGUUUGGGAUCUCAAUCUCUAAACUUUUAUAUCUUUUCUUAUUUGGAUGUUUCGCUUUGAAAGCUUUCACAAACUGUGGAUCCGAUGCUCAACUCAUACUAGAAGAUGAAGUGAAAGUUCUAAAAACAAUAUCAUCGAAGAUAGAGAACUUGAAUUGGGAUGUGACCCAACAUUCUUGUGUCGAUGGAAGCUUCAAAAAUGAGACCAUUACAGCGGAUAGCUUCACAAGGAAUGUAAUAUGCGAUUGCAAAUUCUCAAAUGGAAAAGUUUGUCAUGUUACAAAGAUCAUUGCCACGGGUCUCAACUUAUCGGGACUUUUACCAAGUGAAUUUGGAUUCCUUACCUAUCUGCAAGAACUUGAUUUGUCUCACAAUUAUCUAAAUGGAUCAAUCCCAAGGAGCUUUGGUAGACUCCCUCUUGUUACAUUACGCCUUACGGCUAACGCAAUCAGUGGCUCAAUUCCAGACGCUUUUGGUGAAAUUACAUCUUUAGAGAAUUUAGAGUUGAAAGAUAAUCUAUUAGAAGGGACUCUUCCUUCUAGCCUCGGAAAAUUGAUGCAGCUACGCAAGUUGGAUCUUUCUGGAAAUAACUUCUUAGGGACAAUACCCGAAAGUUUUGGUAAUCUGAAAAAACUAGAAUCUAUUUAUUUAGAUGGGACCAAUAUAUCAGGAAAAUUAUCCAAUUUUAUUGGGAAUUGGACCCAACUCCAAGAAAUGUCCCUGGAGGGAACGUCCAUGGAAGGCCCCAUUCCUACAAUCAUAUCUCACUUAACAAAUUUGUCUGAACUGAGAAUAUCUGAUUUGCAUGGACCAGCGAUAAUGAGAUUUCCUAAUCUGGAGAAUUUGACAUCCUUGCGGCGCCUGGUGUUGAGAAAUUGCUCCAUCCAUGAUUCCAUUCCAAAUUAUAUUGGUAAAAUGGAAAACUUAUAUAGAGUAGAUUUGAGCUUCAACAAGUUGACCGGUAUAAUCCCAAACAAUAUAAGUAACUUGACUGCCCUAUAUUACAUGAUUCUAACUGAAAAUUCCCUGACCGGAAAAUUUCCUGAUUGGAUAUUGCAACAGCAAUACAAUUAUGGUUCUUUUGAUUUAUCUUACAACAAUUUUUCGGAGACCUCUGCGACUAAUUGUCAGUACGAAAACUUAAACUUGGUUUCGAGUCUAUCAUCUUCAGCAAACACAUUAUGCACUUGCUUGAAAAGGGGGCUUCCUUGUGGAAGAAAACCAAAGUAUCAUUCAUUGUUCAUAAACUGUGGUGGACCAGAAAUUAAAUAUGAGGGGAAUAAAUAUGAAGGCGAUAUCAAUUCUCAGGAUACCUCAUUCUUUUGCCCCGGUGAUGAUAAAUGGGCUUAUAGCAGCACAGCAGGAAUAACAACAUACUAUAAUCACAUAGCAAAAAAUAGAUUUUCCCUCAACAUUACUGGUCCUGACUUUUACCAAACAGCUCGCAUUUCCCCUCUGUCUCUCAAGUACCAUGGCCUCUGUAUGAUUAAUGGAAAUUACAAUGUCAAGCUAUAUUUUGCUGAGAUUAUGUAUUCUCAUGACCAAAAUUUCAAUAACCUUGGAAGGCGCAUAUUUGAUGUUUCAAUCCAAGGUAGGAAAUAUUUGCAUGAUUUCAACAUUAUCAGGGAAGCUGGUGGCGUUGGUAAGGGCAUUGUCAAGGACUUUAAUGUUGAUGUUAAUGAUAACACCUUGGAGAUUCAUUUGUAUUGGGCUCGAAAAGGAACUAGUUCUAUUCCUAAUGAUAAUAACAGUGUAUAUGGACCUCUUAUAUCUGCUAUUUCAGUCACCCCAAAUUUCAAUAUUCCUUGGAUUUCUGGGGGAGGCAUUGCUGGAAUUGUGGUUGGAUCGUAUGUGUUCCUCAUCAUACUAAUAAUAAUAUUCAUCCUCCGACGAAUGGGCUUACUAGGUGACAGACGUUCAAAAGACAAACAACUUUUAGAUUUAAAAACAGGUUAUUUCUCUUUAAAACAAAUCAAAGAUGCCACUAAUAACUUUGCCCUAGAAAAUAAGAUUGGUGAAGGAGGUUUUGGACCGGUGCACAAGGGUAUACUAUCAAAUGGAGUUGUCAUAGCUGUGAAACAGCUUUCCUCUAAAUCAAAGCAAGGGAAUCGUGAAUUUGUUAAUGAAAUUGGAAUGAUAUCUGCUUUGCAACACCCAAACCUUGUAAAACUUUAUGGAUGUUGCGUUGAAGAAAACCAAUUGCUGCUGAUAUAUGAGUACAUGGAGAACAAUAGUCUUGCUAGAGCUCUUUUUGGUGGUCAAGGACAAAAGAUACAUUUGGACUGGCCUACAAGAAUGAAGAUAUGCGUAGGAAUAGCAAGAGGAUUAGCUUAUCUUCAUGAGGAAUCAAGGCUGAAAAUUGUGCACAGGGAUAUUAAGGCAACAAAUGUCUUACUUGAUAAAGAUUUGAAUGCCAAGAUCUCAGAUUUUGGAUUAGCCAAGCUUGAUGAAGAUGAGAAUACUCAUAUAAGCACAAGAAUAGCAGGAACAAUUGGUUAUAUAGCUCCUGAAUAUGCAAUGCGAGGACACUUAACUGAGAAAGCAGAUGUUUAUAGUUUUGGAGUUGUUGCUUUAGAAAUUGUUAGUGGAAAAAGCAACACAAGUUACAGGCCAAAAGAGGAGUUUGUUUAUCUUCUUGACUGGGCCUAUGUUCUUCAAGAGCAAGGAAACCUUCUUGAGCUAGUGGAUCCAAGCCUUGGUUCAAGCUACUCCUUACAGGAAGUCACGAGAAUGCUGGAGCUGGCACUCCUAUGUACUAACCCAUCUCCAACUCUAAGGCCAUCCAUGUCCUCUGUUGUUGACAUGCUUGAAGGAAAGUUGCCAAUCCAAACCCUAGCAACCAAACGUCAGGAGAGUGACCAACAAGUUGCCAAAUUCAAGGCCUUUGAGAUACAAUUAUCUCAAGAAAGCUAUAGCCAAAUCUUUAGUUCUUCUUCUAUAUCAAGAUCACACGAAAAUGUGAAGUAAAGGGUCGAGGCAACGAAUAGUGCAUCAUCACAGUACAGUUGUAGUAGUUAAACCUUAGCCGCUUCUGCAUUCUCACAUGAAAGUGCGAAGAAAAGAUUUGAAGUAAUGGAUGGCUCAAUGGUCUAAUUAUAUUCCUGUGUUUAUCUUCCAUGUAAUAAAGAUUUCUUUUCAUCUAGUAGGCUUCUUGAGAAUUUCAACUCCGCACGUAGGUUGGGAAACAAGCAUGAAAUUGCAAUCUUUCAUAAACGAGUAGAUAUUAUUCGAA